ACACAACUAGUUACUACUGGCUGUGUGCAUUAUUUAACUUAAUCAUAAAUCCAAUGAGAAAUAAUCUGUUAUAUAUAAUAUAUGCAACUAGUAUCUACACAACUACCUUUACUUCUACUAACCCAACCUUUCUUGCUCUAGCUCCCCUUCUUUUUUUUUGGAACUGAUUCUUAGCUCUAGCUCCCCUUCUUUGUCAAAGGUUAAAUUUCUUUCGUCUUUUUAGCUCUUCAUUUACGUUUCAAAGUAGUUCAAUUUAGGGAUCCGUUGCUAAUUUCUUACAUAGAAAAAAAAACACUUAGCCAAUAUGACACAUGGAUUUGUUUACUUAGCUACAGUUGAAAGAUUUAUCUCCACUUUAUCUCAGUAUCUUGCAAACUCUUUGAGAAAAUAUAGUCAGUAAAUGUUUUUCACUAAAAUGGUAACUUCAUGUAGUGAUUUUAUUCACUAACGUAUGGGUUAAUAAACUUAAAAUAGUUGCUGCAGGAACUAUAUUCCAUGGCGCUAGUAUUCUCUUCUUGUGGGCUUGGUGCUGUAAUGAACCUCAGUGCUUUGAAAACCAAUGUUAGCUCCUCACACAAGAAAUUUCUUACUUGUAAAAGAAGCAAGAUAGUUGCAAGCAACCAAGGGACAAAUACAACCGCAAGCUAUUCUGCUCUCGCGACCGAGCCACUGACUAAAGAAGAUCUCAUUGCCUAUUUUUCUUCUGGAUGCAAAACAAAGGAAAUGUGGAGAAUAGGUACGGAACACGAGAAAAUCGGUUUCGAUGUCAAGACUUUGCGCCCUAUCACGUAUGAACAAAUAACUGCACUGCUUAAUGGUAUUUCCGAGAGAUUUGAUUGGGAUAAGGUGAUGGAGACUGGGACAAUUAUUGGUCUGAAACAGGGAAUGCAAAACAUAUCAUUAGAACGAGGAUGCCAACUAGAGCUAAGUGGAGCACCUCUAGAGACUUUGCACCAAACUUAUGAUGAGCUCCAUUCACACCUUUACCAGGUGAAAACUGUUGCUGAGGAUUUGGGAAUUGGUUUCCUAGGAAUUGGUUAUGAACCGAAAUCUAGUCUUGAGGAUGCAACCAUUGUGCGCAAGAGAAGGUAUGACAUUAUACAAGGCUAUUUAGACAGAACUGGCUCAGGACCUGACUUGGGUCUCAGAACGUGUACUGUUCAGGUCAAUCUAGACUAUAGUUCAGAAACCGAUAUGAUCAGGAAAUUUCGCGCUAGUCUAGCUUUGCAACCUAUUGUGACAGCUCUAUUCGCAAACUCCCCAUUUAGUAAUGGAAAACCAAAUGGGUUUCUAAGUAUAAGAAGCCAUUUAUGGAUAGAUACCGAUAAGAACCGGACAGGAAUGAUACCUUUUGUGUUCUAUGACUCAUUCGGGUUUGAGCGGUAUGUCGAAUAUGCACUUGAUGUUCCAAUGUGCUUCUUACACAGAAACAAAAGCUACCUCAACUGUAGAGGAAUGACAUUUCGGGAUUUCUUGUCUGGGAAAACUUCUCAUCUAUCUCAUGAACAGCCCACCAUUAACGACUGGGAAAACCAUAUAGGAACAAUAUGGCCAGAGGUCCGGUUAAAGAGAUACUUGGAGAUGAGAGGAGCUGGUGGAGGUUCCAGGGAGAUGUUGUGUGCCCUACCAGCUUUUUGGGUGGGAUUGCUAUACGAUGACGAGUCUCUCCGAACUGUUCUUGAUAUGAUAGCUGAUUGGACUACUGAAGAAAGAGAGAUGCUUAGGACACAAGUCCCAGUCACUGGCCUUAAGACAAUGUUUAGAGAUGUUACCUUAAAACAUGUUGCGGAAGAUGUCUUAAAGCUAGCAAAGGAUGGUUUGGAGCGUAGAAACUACAAAGAAACCGGUUUCUUGGAUGCUGUCACCGAGGUAGCUAUAACAGGUGUUACGCCGGCAGAGAAGCUCUUGAAGUUGUACAAUGGAGAUUGGGGACAAAGCGUAGAUCCUCUGUUUCAUGAAAUGCAAUACUAAGAAGACAAAAUAUCUUGGACAUGAGAUAUAGAGAUAAAACUCCUCUUGUUUCUAAUAACUUUAAAAGCUGUCGUUUUGGGGUGUGGAGAAAAUGGUGACUCUCGGAAUAAGAAUUUUGUAGGUAACUUGUAAAAGAGUUUGAUUAAGUCGCACAGUUCAUGUGUGUUUGAAUCAUCCUUGUCUAGAUGCAGUAUUUCUAUUAAAUCUACAAAUAUUUAAAUUUUAUUAUU